AUGGCGACUACUGCAGGCAGCAUCAAAGUCUUCUCCGGCACUUCUCAUCCGGAGCUUGCCCAGCUCAUCGCUAGGCGUCUCGGGCAACCUCUUGGCAAGGCUACCGUCACCCGCAACGAGUCUGGCGAGUCCAUCGUUCGCAUCGCCGAAUCGGUUCGAGAACACGAUGUCUACAUCAUCAACACCUCCUGCGUCUCUCCUACGCCCACCGGUGCAGCGGCAUCGCCCAAUACAUCGCUCAUGGAGCUCCUCAUCAUGAUUCACGCCUGUAAGACUGCAUCAGCAAAACGAAUCACUGCAGUCAUCCCACACUUCUUCUACGCUCGUCAGGACAAGAAGGACAAGUCUCGUGCACCCAUCACUGCCAAGCUCAUCGCCAACAUGCUCGAGAAUGCAGGUUGUGACCACGUCAUUACUAUGGACCUCCACGCCUCCCAGAUCCAGGGAUUCUUCGACGUGCCCGUCGACAAUCUCUAUGCCGAGCCAGCAGCUUUGCAGUACAUCAGAGAGAUGGUGGAUGUCGACAAAGCUGUGAUUGUCUCUCCUGAUGCAGGUGGUGCUAAGCGAGCUACUUCGUUAGCUGAUCGACUGGAACUCGACUUUGCACUCUUCCACAAGGAGCGCAAGCGCGCUAACGAAGUCUCUCGGAUGGUGCUUGUCGGUAACGUGCAAGGUAAGGUGGCUAUCCUUGUCGAUGACAUGGCCGACACUUGCGGUACAUUGGAACUCGCUGCACACAAACUCAUCGAAUACGGCGCAGAACGAGUGCUUGCUAUCGUCACACACGGUAUUCUCUCCGGCCCUGCGCUCGAACGAAUCAGCAAAUCGAGACUGGAAAAGCUCAUCGUCACUAACACUUUGCCACAAGCUCAAAACCGAUCGAAAUGCUCCAAGAUCGAGGAGAUCGACAUCUCGCACGUUCUCGCAGAAACUAUCAGGAGAAGUCACUACGGCGAGUCGGUCUCGGUUCUUUUCAACCAGAUUCCUUACGAUACACCUCAGCCGUAUCGUCACGAGAACGACGAGGAGUUUUUGGCUGCAGGCGAUGCCGGAGGCGCUACGCCUGGCUUUUCGAACGAAGAAUUGGCAGGUGCAAGCAGCACAGGAAGCAAUAGACUACAAAACAGCCGAGAUAGUCGUCAGAUAAAUCCUUCUUCCAGCAAACAGUUGCCUCCUAGCCCUUACACAUUGCCAGAUCCUCCACCUGCACAAAAUUACUUCGCACAACACACACCCUUCCAAACUCCUAUCGCCAUCCCAUCUAUCCCAACAUCACCGGAUAGGCCGUUGCAAGAAACUCCAAAACCUACUGCGCUCAAGCCGGACUACACUCCUUCGCCACUCGGCCGCAAUGUUUGA